AGUACAGACCAAAUAUGCAAAUUAAAGGGGGAGAUUGGGUCUAUUUCAAACUCCAAUCCUAUAGGCAGAUCUUAGUGGCAGUGACAUCCAUCCAAAAGCUGGCAGCCAAGUACUAUGUUACCCAUCAUAUUGUUGUUGGGGUUAGUGCAGUUGCUUACAAAUUAUUACUUCCUGGUCAGGCUGCUACACUUCAUUUUCUCAAGAUGAAGAAAUGUCAUUAAGUCCCUUCCACUAUCAACCAUUUUCGAGUGAUGCAGCUAGCUCAAGCUGACCUAUUCCCAUACGCACCUCAGAAAAGAGGUUGGUCAAAAAGGGAAAUAAAGCAGUGACAUAGGUUAAUGUGGAACGGUCUAACUUGGGUAGUAGCCACUCGACAUGGGAGUACCUCACAACAUUGCAGCUCAGGUUUCCAAUCAUUCGAAGUCCUAAUAUAGAACGAAGGCGGGUCAAAAGAGGAACAAGGCAGUAGUACAGACUUGAGGACAAGUCUGCUCUGAAGGAAGGGGUAUUGAUACAAGAUUAAGCUUCUUUGUCAUCUGAUCAGUAUAAAAGAGACGGAGAUACAUUGUAUUGAGCAUGUGAAUUGAUAAUCAAAUCUUUUUUUCUCUCAUUUUCUCUUAUUCUUCUUCCCCAAUCCUUUUCUUCUCCUCUGGUUAGACAUCUCGGAAGUUCUUCCCUAAGUCUGCAUCUAGAUUCUUCGAAAAGCUUCUUUUUCUUAGAAUCUCUGUUAAUUCGGUAUCACCUACUAUGAUUUAAGAGGUUGUUUCCAAGAGACCCCGCUCAGAGAAUUAUAAGAAAUAGGUUUAAUGCAUGAAAAACUAAUGUGCACUCUAUAUAUUCAAUCAUCGACCAUAAAAUCUAAGAAUAUGAAACAUGCUCAAGUGAAAAAAUUAAAGUACUCCGUAUAGUUUAAAACCAAAUCCAAAUCUCAAGAAUCAAUACAUGUUUCAUCUAAUUGUUUACUAAGUUCAUAGAAAUUACUCAAACAUAGAAUAAAAGGAAAUGAAUUAAAGAUAGGAGGAGGACUCAUUGUUUGAAUGGAUGAAACGGAAUAUAAGCCUCAGUUGUUCGAUCUGCCUUCUCUGCUGCGCUGUUCGAUUGUAUCCGCCCUCCUGCCAUCUCAUAUCUAUUGUUCGUCCCUCUUUUUAGUUUUUAGUAGUACUCGGCUGGGACAGCGGAACUUCACAUCCCUCACUCCCAACUUGUGUUGCAGAGAAAAUUACACCAGCUACUGUUACGCUGGUUGUGUAAAAUUAAAAAUUGAAAAUGAAGAGGUGAAUAUUUCAAUUAAGAGAUGAGAUGUGAAGAGCUACCACGGGACAAGAUUCACCGGAAAGGGCGAUUUAAGGUGACCAGUGGUGUCCGGACAGCUGAAGAAACAUGGGGAUUAUCGCAUAGCGCUUCUCUGCGAUCUCUGUGCUCGGUCGACGCAGCGCUUCAGAAGCUCCAUCUCAUCAUCUAUGCUCGGAAGCUCCGUCUCUCCGUCUCAUCGUCUGUGCUCGUCCGUCUCUCUGCCUGUGCUCCGAUUCACAAAUUAGCUACUGCAAAGGGUUCUGAAGUUCUGGCUUCUGGGAAAGACCGAAAGGAUUGGGAGUUGGGAGAUUGGGUAGGGCUUUGGCCCAAGUAAAUGAGUGAUACGGAUAAUAUAUAAUAAUACGAAGUAUUAACU